ACGUAUAGGCAUGAGAGAGAGAAACAAAGUGUCAAACAAGCAAAUGCAUUUCGGUCGCGAUAGUUAUUAAAUUUCAAAUUUUAACAAAAUAUAAGGAAAAUUUCGCUACAAAACUAAAAAAGCUAGAGCCAUGACCACAAAUAGAACGUACCUGAUUGUAGCAAGUUUGUUUCUACUGGCGUUUUGCGUAGAAAAAGGUUUGUCAAUCAAAUGCUGGGAAUGCCGUUCCGACAGUGAUCCAAAAUGUGCGGAUCCGUUUGACAACAGUACUCUAUCAAUUACCGACUGCAAACAGAAUGCUGAGCUAGAGCAUUUACCGGGCGUUAAGGCUACUAUGUGCCGAAAGAUACGACAAAAAGUGAAUGGUGAGUGGCGGUAUUUCCGUAGUUGUGCAUACAUGGGUGAACCGGGCAUUGUUGGAGAUGAACGAUUUUGUUUGAUGAGAACCGGUACGUUUAACAUAUUCAUGGAGUACUGUACGUGCAACAGCAAGGAUGGCUGCAAUUCAGCUGGCCUCACUUCUCCGAAAAUGAUAUUCGUUUACGUUGCCGCACUUUUCAGUGUAGGAUUGAAAUUUCUCAGUCGAGUCUAGCGAAGCUCUUCCAGCAACAUAAAAUGCACCAAAAUUUCCAUUUACCGUAAA